AUGGACACUAGGCGCCGCACUAACGUGGACCCCAAUAAUGUCAAUAUUCAAUCAUGUCUAUCUUAUGCUCUGGUGUCAAAGCGAUGGUUCAUAUCAGUGUCACAACUAGCUCCUGUCUCCUUCACAUUUCCUCUUCGUGACGUUCUCUUCAUCGAAAGAUGCUUGACUUUGCUGUCGGACAUUGAGCACAACAACGAGUGCCAACAACUGCACAUUGAUCGACACUGGAUCAAGAAGGUGACGAUCGAUUGUGUACUGGACGAUCUUAUCCUAUACGAGCUCGAAAACUAUGACCUCAAAGACAAUGCCAAGCUUGUUGUCGACAACCUCUGUCUUUUGUUCCCCAACAUCUGGCAGGCCUCUCUCAACUAUGUUCCAACCUUCUAUAGCUUCAACCACGCAUAUAUAUAUCACUUUGGCAUGCUGCCCACAAAUGUUCCAUUCUCUGUCGUUGUCAGGCCUGGCCAAUUGGAGCAGUUCCUCAAUCAUGUACAACAGGGUGAUGUUUCGGUCAAGCAUUUGACAACAACGAGAUGGCCAACGGGCCAGUUGCCUCCCAACAUACACUCGAUGACUCUCAACAAGAAUCUAUCACAGAGAUACAUCAAUAUCACCGUGCCCCACAACAAACUGCAAACUACAUCACAUGCUCUGGACUUUAGCAAACUCAGAAUGCUUCACCUAUUCGACUACUACCUUGAAGACCAGGAUCUGGCCACAGCCUUCAGUUCCCCAACGCUCAAAUCAAUCAUGAUAUGUGUCCCUACAAUCCUCACUUUGGCCACACUGGCGGCCACAAUGGAUCUGCUACACUCUGCAACGAUAUCUUUGACAACCUGA